AUGCCAGACACCCCAGUGUGGGCCCAGUCGGGAUGGCACGACUAUCUAGCUGCUCGGAACUCGGGGCUCCCUCGUCUGCCUGCUGUGACGAAAAUCAGCCCAGAGGUGGUGCGAAUCCUGGGUGGGAAUCCAGGUGAUAUGCAGAUGCAAGGGACCAACACAUAUCUCGUGGGAACUGGUCAGUCGCGAAUCUUGAUCGAUACUGGGGAGGGAAUCCCCAUUUGGCUCUCCACGCUGGUGGAGUAUCUUACACAGAAUCAAUUGAGCAUCUCUCUGGUGCUCUUGACACACUGGCACAUCGACCAUACCGGGGGUGUCCCCGACCUCCUCGCGCAAUAUCCACAUCUAAAGGAUUCCGUGUACAAAGCUCAGCCGGACUGUGGCCAGACUUCCAUUCGUGAUGGGCAAAUUUUCACCACUGAAGGAGCUACGUUAAGAGCUCUGUUCACACCCGGGCAUAGCCUCGAUCACAUGUGCUUUGUGCUAGAGGAGACUGAGACUAUGUUUACCGGCGACAAUGUUCUUGGACAUGGCAACAGCGUUGUUGUCGAAGAUCUAGGGCGAUACAUGGCGAGUUUAAAAAGGAUGAAGGAUAACAUUGAGAAUGAGGACAUGCAAGUUGGAUACCCAGGGCAUGGCGCUGUGAUCGAAGACUUGCCCUCAAAGCUCACGGUGUAUAUGAGGCACUGGGAGACACGGGAGAGGGUGGUUAUGGCCGCUUUUAAGAAGCCUGGAACUAACGCCAGAUCGCUCUUCACGACCAGCGAGGUAACAAGACACCUAUAUGGGCCUGACAUGGAAGAAAUGGCGAGGCCUUUUGUAUCGCAAGUCUUGUCCAAGUUAUCCGAGGAGGGAAAAAUCAGCUUUGCUCCAAUGGGGGAUAAGAAGAAAUGGUUCGCAAUCUGA